AUGGCUUCUUCAGUUGCUUCCCACAUUGAAUCUGCUCUAGGCAAUGUACCGGUGCUAUUAAUCAUAGCCCUUGCGAUCGCUCUUACGCUUAUCUUAAGAGCUUUGUGUGUGAAUUCUUCCUAUGCUAGAUCACGUGGGGCCUCAAGAAGGCGCAAUGAAUUUGAUUACCCAGAUAAUGAUUUCCCAACUAUAGAAAACAGCGGUUUGGAUAAAGAGUCUCUGGAUGCUCUUCCUAUAGCUGAAUUUAAAUCGCAGAAUAUGAAUGAAGAUCUCGAAUGUGUAGUGUGUCUCUCUAAUUUUGAAGAGAAUGAGAAAAUUAGGGUUUUGCCCAACUGUAAUCACAGCUUUCAUACAGAGUGCAUACAUAUGUGGUUAAAAUCCCACACUAGCUGUCCUAUUUGCAGAAAAAUGGUGUCAUCGAAUCGAUCUCCCACUAUAAUGAGUUCGAGCAGAGGAAGAGAAGCCAUUUCCUCAAAUAUUAAUAGUACAAGCAGUGUGAGCGUUGUUCGUUUGCAUCUGAUCAGAGGGCAGAGAAGCUCUAGUGCAUUGCAACAAUCAAACCGAGUAAGUGUAUUAAUGUUAAUGAACCAGGCUUUGACUCAUCAACGAAUGUAUACUGGAAGACCAGCGCUACACAGUGCUAUCGACAUUGGACCUUACUAG